AUGGAAAUAGGGGUGUGGGUUGCUCUCGGGUACUUCACUCAGGCCAUCGGCUUGGAAACCUCGGAUGCCUCCGUCUACUGCGCCUGUCUCUGCAGCUUGUCGGUGGUGGUCGUCCCAUUGCUGGAUGCUGUCACUGGCAAGGGCAUCAAGCGCGUGACGGUGGCGGCGUCUUUUCUUGCCCUCGUCGGCACCGGGUUUCUUGAGUUGGGAGACGCCCACGCGUCUUGGAACGAUCUGUGGUGUGUGGCUCAGGCCGUCGGGUUCGGCGUGGCUUUCACACGGAUUGAGUUCCCGGGGAAGAGCUUACAGCUGUCCAUCGAGCAGCUGAUAUCCGUCGCCGCACUGACAGGAAUCUGGUGUAUCUUUUCAGCCGGCGGCCAUCUUGCAGGUUUCAGCUUCGUCAAAGAUCCUCAAAUUUUGGCUGCUUUGAGCUACACCGGGCUGGUGACCACCUCGCUCGCUAUUUGGCUGGAGACUGUUUGCCUGGAGAAAGUACCUGCGGCUGAAAUGAGCGUUAUAUUUAGCACGGAGCCUCUGUGGGCCACGCUGGUAUCGGCGCUGCUCUUGAAAGAGACCAUGGGGCCGAAUGCCCUUGUUGGAGCGGGCGUAAUUCUGUUGGCGUGCCUGGUUGCUCAAAGCGAGCAAAUAUCGGAGCUAGUGGGCAUGGGGGAGGGCAAGGGCAACGACACGCUCAUGGACGCAGAAGCAACGGAUGCGGAAGAAGGCGCGGAGGAACCGUUUCAGCUGCAAGAAACGGAAGAAGUAAACGACGACGAUUUCCCCUCGUCCGUGUUGGACGAAAUGGUGGGCGUGACGGAGGAAUCAGACUCGGAGUCGUCCUUCCGCAUGUCAAUGGUGCAGGAGAGCACUGUGCCGGGUGGUGUAUACGGGGGAGACCCCGCGUUCGCGGGAGAAGAGGGUACCCUUCGCAACAACGAUAACGAUGUACCGGCGGCGGCCCCGGUGGGGUGGUUUGGGUCGUACGGAAAACACGAGGAAAUGACUUGAUGAAACGUGGUGCAGGCUUUUGAGGCGUGUUCCACGCAAUGCAGCCUCUGCUGUCGAGAGUCUCCACGGGGUUGGUCCAUGUUAGACAGACGUGUUCUAAUGAAGGUCAUACGAUACAAUGAAUGCUUGAUGUCAUUGGGGUUUAGAGUCGCCAGCUCUCCUCUAAAAUAGAACAUUGUUUAUGGUUUUACUGUUGACACAUUUUGGUUUAUUUGG